AUGACAUUCCCAGUAGACGAAUCCACUUCGCAAGACCUGCUUACGCUGCAAAGUAUCCUUGAAACCAGCGACCUAUCCACCAUCGAAACUUUUCGGAAACUUAUCCAGGACACUCUCCAGGCGCGUGCUGUCAGUGCUCGUAGACCAAUAGAUCAGGACGGCGAUUUUCCUGUGUUUUCCCUCGACUUUGGAGGUGAUCUUGAUGAUCAGGAAAAUGAUGUGCCCGCGCAGCGCUCAAGUCCUGAUCCGUGGGACGACAAUGAACCCUCCUUCAAUCUAGUCAUGCGUUCAACUCCCCGGCCCCAACUCCCAGUUUCGCCUGGAGUCGACGCUCAUUUCGACAGCUCUCUCCCACUGCCAGAUCUGGCGUCGGUUGAUGAAUCCAAUUUUGUCACACAAACCUCUUUCUACCAUCUCCCCUCUUUCGCCAAUGUCCGGAAUCUUUUCGACUAUCUCACCACCACUCGCAUAGUCAAGGCGUUCUCCGAAAUCACUGGCCAAGUCUCUUCGCGACCUCCCCGUCAGGUCGAAUGCAAUGUGCCCCAUCGCCUUGAACAACUUGUCUAUGUUCCCGACCUCCCCUCAUGGAUUGUCGAAUUCAUGGUAGAAAAGCGCAGGGAGAAUUUGAUGGCCAUCGAGCUCACCAAGGAUGAUUUGGAUCAAAUGAACGCGGGGCUGCGCUGCGCGAACUCGUGCCCAAUUGUGCGCUCUGAAGCCGAUGUGGAGUAUCGAGUCCGAGCCGGCCUAGCUCAUUCAGUGGUUGAAGCUAUGAAAAAGGUCUGUGCCUGGCUGUCCUCUGAUUUCUGCUGUCACAAAGGAACUGCUGCCGGCCCGGGCCCGACUUACGCCUACACCGAUUUGCAGAUCGCUGUAUUCCUCAUCGAAGUCAAGACAUUGCUCUCUAUUGCCGGAAACUUUAUCCUUCUCUUGCUCCGCCUAAGUCAGACCACGCUGGAUGAAUUAACAAGGAAACAUCCAAACUCGUCUGGCUUCGUAUUCGAUUUUGAAUACCCCUCCCUUUCCCACCUCAUCGACAGUCCUACACAGCCAGUAGUUCAGCUUUGGACGCAGCUUUCUAAUACACCAAGUGCAUAUUUCGCUAUGGGCUCUAGUGACGAAUACACAUUCUUCGUGGUGAAAGAUCCGGUAUUCAGCGACCGACUCUAUAUAUCUCCUUGCUUACGGAGCUUCCCAUCGUUAACGGGUCAUGAAGACUUGGAAGUAUCUCAGUCUGACGCGGAUACCACGAAAUUUGCGAGUGUUGUUAUGUUCUAUACCGCACUCCUCGCCAACGACGCCGAACUCCGGGCCGAGUUCUUCGAACGAUUUGCGAAGAGACUUGUAGCAAGAGAUGGUCUUCUGCACGUUGGUCCUGAUGAUGUCAACCAGUUUGCAACAGCGACUUCGGAACGAGAUAGGCCGGCGCUCGGCGACAGCCAGGGACCCGACGGCUCAGCCGCAAGUUGGAGGGAUGUUGAUGGGAAGAUGCUCGCUGGUGUUAAGUACUAUUACCCCGGCGAUGGGAAGAGGCAUAUGCCAGAGCGUAACUCCAAGAAUACGGACAAGGGGAAGGGGAAAGCUCCAGAAGUUUCAUUGGGGCUGGAAAAGAUCGAGAUGGUCAUGGCAAUGACGAAGGAUCGACAUUUCCUUGCUCCCGUUGACGAUUCCUCACUGCAAUCGCUUCAGACUACAAACAAUGUUGACAUCGCUUCCUUACUACCAGCAUCAGCGUUGCCCGCGCAUGCUGAUCCUGAACUCUCAAUCUCAAAAAGGGACAGAUACAGUUCUUACGAUCCUGAGGCUCCGGCUAGCGGAUCUUUGAGUGGAACAGGCAAUGUCGUUCAAUCAGAAGGAGUUUUCGAUGAAGAACAACGACCGAAGAAGCGUGCGAAACGAAGCUCGGCGCUAAAGCAGCCUGAUGUAGCUCCAGUGCUCCCCGCAACAGUGGCAGGCUCUUCGACGUCAACUCAUCCGGACUUGAACCAACGACACAAGUUGCGGCCCCGAAAACCACGACUUCCUGUCUCCGUUCGAUCUACCAGCAAUAGCAGCACCAGUGCUACGGGGAGAAAGAAGCUGAUGACAAAGGGGAGUGAUCAACGUUCAAAAGGCAAAGGGAAGGCAUAG